AUGAGCAAGGAUGGAUUGAUGGCAUCUUGCAGUAAGAAAAUAUACUUUGAUGAUAUUUGUGAGCCUGAGCAGGUAGCCAAAGACUUUUUUGAGGCAGGGAGAGCAACCACAAACAUGUCGUUAAACAACCUUUGUGAGGUGUUUAAUGGCAGGCUGGUUGAUAGGAGAGACAAACCAAUUAUUAGUUGCUUGGAGUUUAUUAGGGAAUGUAUGAUGAAAAGGAUAUAUAAUGUCCUCAAGGUGCAACAUAAGUGUGUAGGCCCACUCACCCCAACAACAACAAAGAUCACAAAGAAAAAUGAAGCAGGAACUACUCAGUACAUUACAUACUCGUGUGGUGAUGAAAAAUACCAAGUCAAAGGCCCAUGGAAUGAUCAACAUGUUGUUAAUAUGCGUGAAAGGGUGUGCAGCUGUAGGGAAUGGGAAUUAACAGGUAUCCCAUGCAAACAUGUGAUUUUUGUGUUAGAUAAUAAAGAAGAUCAUGGUGAGUGUGUAAACGAGCUCCAUACUUAUGUCCACAAGGUGCACUGGCUACAAACUUGA